AUGAAGCUCGCUGUGUCUUUUGUUUUUGCUGCCCUCGCUUUGCUACAGGUGACUGCGGCAGCACCUCUUGUCGACGAGCGUGCCAUUAAGCCGAUCGCAGAUUUCGUUGCCGAGCGCUCCCCUGAUGUUGCAGACGUCGAGAAGCGUUUUGAUGCGGCCACGCGCGGUCAUUCCAGUGGAAUUGGGCGCCGAGAUGUUGUCGAAGACUCCUCUGAUGUUGAUGACCACAAGAAGCCCAAGAAACCGAAGCACCCCCCUCCCGCUCAUGGGCCGCGAGAUGUUGCUGAGGACUCCUCUGAUGCCGAAGACGCCAAGUGGCACAAGAAGAAGAAGCACCAUCAUGGAGAGCGAGAUGUUGCUGAGGACUCCUCUGAUGCCGAAGACGCCAAGUGGCACAAAAAGAAGAAGCACCAUCAUGGAGAGCGAGAUGUUGCUGAGGACUCCUCUGAUGCCGAAGACGCCAAGUGGCACAAGAAGAAGAAGCACCAUCAUGGAGAGCGAGAUGUUGCUGAGGACUCCUCUGAUGCCGAAGACGCCAAGCACAAGAAGAAGAAGCACCCUCAUGGGGAGCGAGAUGUUGUUGCUGAGGACUCCCUUGAUGAUGACCACAAGAAGCCCAAGAAACCGAAGCACCCCCCUCCUGCUCAUGGGCCGCGAGAUGUUGCUGAGGGCUCCCCUGAUGAUGACCACAAGAAGCCCAAGAAACCGAAGCACCCCCCUCCCGCUCAUGGGCCGCGAGAUGUUGCUGAGGGCUCCCCUGAUGAUGACCACAAGAAGCCCAAGAAACCGAAGCACCCCCCUCCCGCUCAUGGGCCGCGAGAUGUUGCUGAGGGCUCCCCUGAUGAUGACCACAAGAAGCCCAAGAAACCGAAGCACCCCCCUCCCGCUCAUGGGCCGCGAGAUGUUGCUGAGGACUCUUCUGAUGUCGAUGACCACAAGAAGCCCAAGAAACCGAAGCACCCCCCUCCCGCUCAUGGGCCGCGAGAUGUUGCUGAGGACUCCCUUGAUGAUGACGACAUGAAGCACAAGAAGAAGCCGAAGCACCCCCCUCCCUCUCAUGGGCAGCGAGAUGUUGCUGAGGACUCCUUUGACAUCGAAGGUACUUCUUCAGCGCUAGCCUUGUUUUUGCAUAGACCAUUCACCUGA